AUGCUCUCGGAGAAAACCCGCUAAUUUAAUGGACUUCGAAGUCUCGCGUACGUCACGCCCUCCAUGAGGCUCAGUAUGAGGACGGCCCAUCGGAUCGUGAUUUUGGCCAUGACUCAUCCCCCUCCUCCAACCGUAUAUAAUAGGUUCUCGCAGUUGUACUCCAGGCUUGCACCAGAACCGAAAAGAUGCCCCCUAUGCCGCGAUCUAUAAUGUGGGCUGCCCGCAUCACGCUCAUCGCUCCAAUUGUCUCGGCAAUAGAGGUCGCAAUCCCUCUUACUGCGCCCUCGGGGGCAGCAUCACUCAUGGGAAACCUCGUUUCGCUUUCAAUCGAGCAAGACAGAUGGAUCGAUUGGGCAGGGACAACAGAACCGAAUACGUUCUUUAACAACGUCCUUGAUAACUUUGUCCAAAUCACGUAUACUCCUCCCUUCGUGAGAAUAGGUGCUGACUCGGAGGACCACACUGAUUUCAGCUACAACAUCGAGUACGAAGAAGAUAUUUUCCCUCCUUCGAGCACAAUCACGCCAUACCCGGAAGCCACUAAUAUCACUGUUGGCCAAGGCUUCUAUGAUAUUAUAUAUCAUCUUCCAAAUGGUACGCAAGUUCACUGGGGCGUGAACUUGAGGGAAUACAACCUCACUGCAGCCUAUCUCGAAACUGUUGCCCUCAUGAACGCAUUUUCUUCCCCUGCUGUCGUGGAGAAAAACAUCACUCUGAAGUUCAUCGAAGUUGGCAACGAAGCUGAUCUCUACUACAGCAAUCAGGGCCGUAACAGUAGCUGGAGUGUACAAGAAUAUGUGUCUGAGUGGGAGGAAUUUGCAUAUAACGUAUCGACAACAGCCAACCUCUCCGAGUUAUCAUACACAAAAUUAAUUGGAGCCGCUUUUGCUGCGUCUUCUCAUAACAAUCUUAGCGGGUUCUCUCCGCAAGCUAUAUUUAAUCUGGGCAUCCUUGAAUCUCCUGCAGGUCAACUAAUCGAGACCAUUUCGCAGCACCAUUACAGCGGCUCAUUCUGUACUGGCGGCGGAUCUGUGCUGCAGGAUUUAAUGACCAAGAGCUAUAUCCGUGGCAAUAUAUCCGCGUUUAGCCCUGAUGUCGAAGCAACUUUGGCCAAGGGGCUGGACUACAUCCUCGGGGAGACGAAUAGUAUGAGUUGCCACGGUGCACCUAAUGUCAGCAAUACAGCGGGCGCCGCCCUCUGGUUACUUGACUACAGCCUGUAUGCCACACAAGUCGGCAUCAGUCGCCUACACUUCCACGACGGCAUUGGCUACAAGUACAAUUUGAUUCAACCCACGACGCUUAACUACUCAAUCCUCGACGGUUCCCCAAUUACACCGCUAGCCCCACACGUACAACCAGCAUACUACACAGCCAUCAUCGCCGCAGAGGCUAUCGGGUCAUCUGGAACCACGCAGGCAGUCGAAAUCUCCAUCGACGAGGAUAAUGUGGCAGGCUAUGCAUUUUAUGAGCAUGGCAUCCUCUCAAAAGCCAUCUUCAUAAACUUGAUCGCGUACUUUUCCGACGCUGGCGCAAGGAACUCGACUCACAUCGAUUUCUCUUUCACGGGUUCCGGAUAUACUGCUAAUAAUAUGAGUGUAAAGACGCUAGAAAUUGGGUAUGCCUCCGAUACGGUCAAUCUGACUUGGGGAGGUCAGACGUACGAGACUAGCGACGGUAGAGUUAGUGGGCCCCUAACUGUCGACGUCGUACCUAUCUGCUCUGGAGUAGACUUGCAAGAGACGGAAGCAAUCCUCGUUACGUUUCUUUGACAGGGACGGUCUAGCAUGCAAUAGUAAUUCUAAUGCAGGACAAUUCAUAGUUGCGUCUUGACGCAGAGCUUUCCAUUGGUUGGCGCGUCCAAAGUGAGAAUUGCUGUGGACGAAUCUGAACGAGCGCAGUUUUAGGAAGCUCCUCUGCAGGCGCUUAGAAUCUCCUUUCUAGACGUCUGAUUUAGGAAUUAGCUUGUUCGUAUACGAGCCAAUAUAUGAUACGAUAUCGAGUUUGAUGCGAUGCAAAAUUCUAGGGAUAAGACUAUUCAUGUAGUGUUGUCAAGGUAUGAAAUCAUUGAAAUGAAAAUGUCCCGCAACUAUAAUAUCUCCGGUGUCCUGAUGUCCAUCAUCUCAACAGCAGAGGCGAUGUCUCUAACUUGCGCGAUGAUUCUAUUAUCCGAAGCGAUUCUCUUAUACUCCCCACCACGCUGUUGCGCCAGUAAAAGUGCGCCAAAAGGCUGUCCGAGGCGAACUAACAGC